AGGGCCGGUUAGUCUUGUUGCUUGGCAACCGAUUUGCAUCUUCUGGCCCAACCGGCACCCAGUUAGUUACACCUGUGAAGCGGGGACGGUGACUGGUUAAGAACACCCUAAACUUACGCCUCUUACGCCCACUUCACGCACAAACAGCACGAGUGGUCUCAGGGUUUCGUCCACGUUUACCUUCAGGCUGGGCUGUGGGCUGGCGCCGCAAGGACACACCGCAGUGAAGAAAAUGCUCACGCCUUCCUUCUGAAGUCCUCCUUUAGAAGAGUCAGAGGAGGAAAGAAAGUCGCUGCUACGUGCCCAACUUAGGGCCAUUUCUCUUGGGAGUAUACAGCAUUCUGAAGCUCGAGAAAGCAAAUAUUUAUGUCAGUUAACUAGGUAUAGGAGAGUGACCCAUAACCUCAGACACUUGUCUCAGAGCGAACCCUCGUAGUGAGGGGACAGGGUCAGAGGCUUUUUUGCCUUAUCAUGUACAGCAGAGCUUACAUCUUGCUAAAAAGAGAAUUCGAAGAGUUGAAGAACAACAAUUAUGAGGGUAUUACUGCCUUGCCUAUAAGUGAAGAUAUGAUGCAAUGGGAUGUUGACAUUGAAGGUCUACAGAAUACAAUUUGGCAUGGAGCAUUCUUCCAACUGAGAAUAAAUUUUACAUCAGAGUAUAAUUUUGUCCCUCCAGUUGUGAAAUUCAGAACAAUUCCUUUUCAUCCAAAUGACCCACAUUCUGGCAAGCCCUGUAUAGAUUUUUUGGACAGCCCUCGUAAAUGGAAUAGAAGCUAUACAUUGAGCAGCAUCUUACUUACCCUCCAGGUUAUGCUUUCUAAUCCAGUUCUAGAAAAUCCAGUGAAUUUGGAAGCAGCCCAUAUACUGAUGAAAGAUGAAACUCUGUACAGACUAAUAAUUCUACGACUUUUCCACCAGCCGUUACCAUCGAAAGAUGAUGGUUCUGAAUUGCCAAAAGAGCCAGAUAAACUUAACAGGUCAAUUAAAUCAGUCUCAUUUAGUGAUUACUACAAGACAUGGUCUGGAAUAGCCACAUCAAAAGCCACAGAAUAUUACAGAACUCCAUUUCUUAAAGAUCUGAAUUUCAUUAAACAGUAUUAUAAUUGGAAGAAAGAUGAUCUAAGACAUACUAAAGAAUGGAGUUUGAGACCCAGAAAAUGCAAGUUGAGAGUCUUUCAUCUAGAGUUCAGGAAAGAGACUUAUCCCUUCUGCCUCAUGGUCCUCCCCCUACUAUCUGGAAUCCCAUCCCCUCAUCUAUCAAGACUGAUUCCCUGGCAAAGCGCUCCACAAGGAUGGCAUGAAGACCCAGCUCAGCUGUGUUCUGUGGAACGGUCCCUGCUUCAGGCUCCCGUGUCCCCCCGUCCUUUCCUUCUGGAGCAUUCUGUCCCUGUCUCUCUGAGUGCCUGUGGUAGGGAAAUUCAUCUGUUCACGCGGAAUGAUCGGGGCAGGACCGUUCUUGUAGCUUUGUAUUCUCUGCACUUAGCCUGGUACCUGGCAACUAGUAGGCACUUGAUUCGUGUAAGUUGAAUGAUACAUACUCACCCUGUUUUCCCACUUAAUAAAAGGAUUAAAUGUGAAGGCAGUUAAUUUUAGGAAAAGUAAAAUAUUGGGGCCCAUUUUAAUG